AUGUUAAUGAUAUUUCUAUUGUUAGUUGGAGCAUCUAGUGGAACAAAAAGAAGGCAAAACUCAAGUCUCAAGCAAGCUAAACAGCAAGCCAAACGACAAAAGGAGGGCACAAACUCAACAGUAAUUUGCAAAAGCUGUCAACAAAGUGGUCAUAGUACGUCACGUUCCCGUUUAUGUCCCAACCACAAUCUCGCAAAGAAUGAAGUGCUUGCAAGAAACCUUGGCUUUCCGUAUAUAGCUUUCACUAGAAAACUUCCGUUGGACUCUAUUGUCAAAAGUGAUUACAAAGAGAUACCCAAAAACAAGAUCAUUGUCAGUUCAAGAGACACCCGCAAUAUUGUAUCCAGGGUGAUGCUGUUGACUAAUAGCUAUAGUUUGUCGAAACCCCAUGAUUCCAUACCUCACGCUGUUCUCACACAACGAUAUUGGUACUCAGUGUGCCAAUUGAUCAAUGGAAAGAAAAUAAGGAAUAACGUCAAUACACCAGCAGACCUCAUAUCAUACUGGAAUACUUUCAAAGACACAAAUCCAAAUGCUGUAUAUCAGCAAAAGUUGAUAAAGGGGGCCAGCCAAUGUCUCACCAAAGCUUGCAAAGAGCUGGAGACAUGCUACAACAACCAUAUUGUUGAGAAUUUUGAACAACGAUUGUUGUAUUUUUU